AUGUCCGACACUAGCUCUGAUAUUUUCACUUAUGUCAACACUCCUAAGAAGUUAUCUUCUCAUGAUGUAAUUCAGCAGGUUUAUUGCCCAAACGGAAGACCUCUAUCAGAGAUGUCUAAAAUGCUCAACCUAAUAAAAGAAUCGAAUAACAUGACAAACCUAAAAAAACACAGUGAAGCAUCUAUGCUUAAUUCUUUAAGAGGAAGACUUAAAUCAGGGAUUCCUUUUACAUAUGCUGGGAAUGUGCUAAUUUCAGUUAAUUCUGAGGCACAACCGUCUCUUUAUUUUAAUAAAGGAAUCCGCAGCAAAUAUAGCCAAGAAAUCGAAGAACUGCCUCCUCAUAUCUAUAGUACAAGCUUAUCAGCUUAUGAGAAACUUAAGACCACAAAAGAAAACCAAGUUAUUGCAGUUCUAGGUGAAUCAGGCUCAGGAAAAACAUUUAACGUGAUUCAUUUGGUUGACCACCUAGUGUCUGUUUCAUCUUCAGACUUUUUAAGCCAAAGUUUGGAAUCUGAUAAAAAAUUGUUUCACAUUCUGCAUGAAGGAAUGCAGGCUCUUCAUAUUAUGGGAUCCUCUGUGAGGAAGCAUAAUCUUGAGUCUACAGCAUGCGCGAUGAUAACUGAACUGAAAUUUGAUAUUCUUUUUAUAAUGAACUUUAAAAAUUUUGAGGAUUUUUUAGAAUAAUGUGUAUUUAAUAUAUAAAAUAUAAGCAGUUCAAAGCAGUUGGAGGACAAAUAAAAGCAACACUAAUGGAUUUUAGCUUGCCAAUCGCUAAAAAAGGGAGAUCUUAUCAACUUUUGCAUUCGCUUUUAGGAGCGAGUAAAAGCACUCUUCAAAAAUGUGGGCUCCAUGGAAAUGUCAUACAUAAGCUGUUUGAAAGCCCAAAGCAAAGACCUGAGCAAGAAGAUGGGACGAUGGAAGCUCUUGAUAGAGAAAUCUGGGAGAGAUUUAUGGAGUGUCUCAAUGAAUUAGGAAUAGAAAAAGCUGAAAUUCUAGGGCUAGAAGAUGUUUUAGCAAUUGUAAUUCACCUUCAUGAUAUUUAUUUUGUUGAAAAUGAGGCUGGCUUUUGGAUUCCAAGGAAUAAAUAUACCGUCCAAAAAAUAUGUAAACUGCUUGUAUUGCCUGAAGACAAAUUUUAUGAGUGCUUUUCAAUUUUUAAAACAAAAUCUGAAGCUGAGUUCAGAAUCAGAGACUUAGCCAGAACUUUGUACAGUUUGGCAUUUUCUUGGCUAAAUGACAAAAUUAACGAAAGGCUUGAAAUUCAUUGUAGCAGUCUUAUUGACAUCAGAAUUGAAGCUGCACUUUCUCUAUUAAGCCCAGAAGCAAAGAAAAAUAUAAACAAAGAAAAAAAAGAAAUUUAUGAAAAUUGUUUGCCUGCAUAUUCUAUCAUGAUAGUUGACUUUCCAGGAUUUGCGAGAGAAAAAAGCAUGGGGAGUUUUACAACAAAUAUAACAAUUGAGUCUCUGAAUUAUUAUUGCUGCAAUAAUUACAUAAAGCUUUUGGACUCACUUGAAAGGGAAAAUAUAGGGAUGCCUGUUCUUAACACUCCAAAUUGUAAGCAUAUCGUUGAUCUGUGCUUAGGUAAAGGAUCUGGUCUUAUUCACUUUCUUUCUGCUGAUAAUGCCACGUUUAAAGAAUAUGUCAACGAACUGCACAGAGUCCAAAGUGAUGAAAAUUUGCCUUAUAAGGAUAUUAUUUCUUUUAUUGAAAAAAAUGAUAUUAUUUAUCAUUUCUCUUGGGGAUCUGUAAAAUAUGAUUUAACUCAUCUCCGAAAUGAAGCAGAAGGGCACUAUACACUACAUUUAAAUUCAUUUUUCCUCAGAAAAUGCAAUUCAAAGCUGAUUUCAGUGUUCUCAAGUGUGCUUCCUAAUUUUUAUCUUAAUCAGCUGAAAGUCCCUUCAGAUAUUCCAUCUGAGUCAAUUUUUGCUGAAAAGCUUGCUCUAUCGAUUUCAAGCCUUAUUCAGCCUCUUGUCAAAAUUGAGCCCCAUAUAAUUUAUUGCAUUAAAGCUCCUGAAAAAGAAAUUCAGCCUGGUGCAGUCUUCUUAUUUAGAAAUUCAUUAAUUUUGCCUACCUUAUUAUGGACGUGAUAUGGUUUCCCUCACUGAAUAAACAUUGAAGAUGUAAUUAAAGAAUUUCCAGACAUUGCAUUAAGAAUAUCUGGUGCACAAAAGGAGGUCGCAAAAGGUGUUUUAGCCCAAGUUUUACCUUCUCAAGACUUUAUAAUAACUGGACGAUAUGUAUUACUAAAAGAAAAGCAUAUGAACCAGCUUCAAGAUAUAAUAAAAAGAAAGCAAAAAAUUAAAGAUGAUACUAUUGAUCUAUCGUUGACACAUUCUGAUGCAAAUUUUAUGCAAAUAAGUGAAUCUAGCCCAUUUUCAGCUAAAAAAAGCAAUUCUAUUUUCAGGCCCAAAGAUUUCCAUGUUGAAAUCUAUGAUGAUCGUCCACAGCCAAAAAUCACUUCAAAAGAAAAUUUAAGGCAAAAUAUUCAAACAAAUUCUUUUGAGAAGCUUGAUAUUAUGGCUGAAUCAGAGCGUUAUGUACAGAAACUCUUAACCAAACAGUCUGUGAAAAACACAGAAGAGCUUAAUUCGAGUAUCAUUUCUAAUGGCAAAAAUAAAGAUCAACAAGAAAAUAUUGUGAAAAUAGAAUCAUUCCAUGCCAUUUCAAAAUUAUUCAGGUCUAUGGGCGGAUAUAUGAAAAUGGACUAUUCAGGAAUUCUGCCUGAAAUUAUAAGAAUUCAAUCUAUGUGAAGAGGGUGCAAGGCUCGUGAGUUUUAUAAUGGAUUGAAGUUUCUUCAUGAAAAAGCAAAAACUAUUCAAAGAAUAUGAAAAGGAUGGCAUACCAGAAUGACAUUAAAGCCAGUUUUUCAAUUAAAUCGAGCUGUCAUUAUGAUACAAAGAGCUUGGAGAAGUAAGUUUACAAAGAAAAAAAGUUGCAUCAUAAAAAUACAAAGAUGGUACAAAGCUAUUGUUGCCGCUCGGAAGUUUGCAUUAUCUUACGAGGCAAGUAUAUCAAAGAAGUCAAAAUCAUCAAAACAUACUUCAAGAUCCAAAGGCAGUUCUACCAAAAAGCAAUCAAAGCCAGGUUCAAGACUUGUAACACCUCCAUCCUCCAAGCGUCCAACCAAUGCUAUAAAACCUGCAUCGUCUAAGCAAUCAGCAUUAAACACCUCUAAUCAUCAGUCAAGCCUAAAUACAUCAAACCACCAAAGCUUAAACACAUCAAUCCAUCAGACUAGCUUAAACACAUCAAAUCACCAAGGCAGCUCGAUCACGUCAAACCAUCAAAGUUUAAACAUUUCAAACAAUCAGACAAGCAUAAACACAUCAAAUCGCCAGCCAGGCUUAAACACAUCAAACCACCACAUAAAAGUAACCCAAAAGCACACUCCAAACAGCUCAUCUACCAAAGACCGAUCUCCCAAAAGCCGAAUAAACCAAAGCAUUGAGUCACCUGAUCUCUCUCCAUUCUCUCCACGCAUUUCUUCAUAUUCCAGAGAGUUAGCCCAAAACAAGCGAGCACGUCAAGGAAACGAUUACGUGCCCUUCGAAGAAAGAUUCAAAAUUUUAGAAAACCAAAGGCAAGAAAGGCUACAUAACGAAAGGCAAAAAAAGGUUGAAGAGGAGCUGAAAAAUUUGACGCAUUCUCCCAAAAUCAAUAGAAAUGCUCAUGCGAUGGGAAACUUUUUAGAUAGGCAGCAAGAAUAUGUAGUCAACGCUAAGCUGAAGCUAAGCACACAGCAGAUUAAUAAAGUUGAUGAAGAAAUAUUGGAAGCGACUUUUUCGCCGAAAAUCAACAAAACUCCAAGGUCGAGGAAUCCUGAUCAAAUUGUUAGUGAUUUGUAUACGUGGGCGAAACUUAAAGAAAAUCAACUUAAGAAAGCAAGAGAAGCAAAAAUUGAGGAAGAAGAUGAGGAAAUGGCGAAGUUUAGGCUGUCAGAUUCAUCACUGCGCUAUGUUUGCAAAAGAAAGAAAAAAAUUGAAGAUGAAGCUGUUAAACAAAAGCAGUUUGGGAGGGAGACGAGUCCAUAUUGGCCAGGGCAAGUUUAA